AUGAAAAAUACCUUGCCCUCAAAUUCGGAGCAGAUCAUGGCCCCCACAGCAUUUCACCAAUUUGCCCUGCUUCCAGUCGAGAUUCAAACAGAGAUUUGGAAGCUUGCCGCCAUUUCUGCAACUGAAGAAUCGCGUAUAAUACCAAUCAUUGUUCAUUGGACGCCUGGUUGCUCGAGUCAAAGGUACAACGAUAGCAAAAAUAAGACUCCCCUCUUUCUGACACUCAUUUCUGUCAUACCUCCGCUAUUACAUGUCUGCUCCCUCUCUCGCUCACUAGCUCUGCCUAUCUAUGAGCUCGUGAGCAUGUCCAACGAAUCUGGUCAUCAAGAUAAGGUCAAAUCCAUGGGCGUUCGACUCAGUGUAUACCCCACGCGCGGUAAUGAAGCAACAGGCAUCUACAUUAAUCUCAAGAAGGAUAUCGUUUAUUUCACAAGUCAUGAUAUUUUUGACAAAAUGGUAAACCAACAUUUCGCAGUAUCAGAUACACAUGCAGAUGUGGAAAGUUAUGAUUUAUUCGAGCCACAAUUUUGUCAGCCUUGCUCAAACCUUUUGUUUCCGGUAAAUGCUGCCCUUCGUCUGUUAUUUGGUGACAUGGAUAUAAGGAAAGAAUUGAGAAACAUCGGGUUCAGCUUUGAUAUUCCAGUGAAGAGAGGUCAUUCCUGCUGGGGGGGCUUGAGUAAGGAUUUCUGUGGACUACGAAGGAUUGUUUUCGUAUCUGAAGAAAAGGGGGAGAAGAGAACACUACGAAAUGGAAAAUUACAUGGCACCCAAGCCGCAGCGUCUACCUUCAAAAAUCCCAAGUUUACGACUCCCUCGCCAUAUAUCAGAAACAAGUGUUUUGAAACGUACAAAGACCGCUUCCAUAAUCAAGGAGCGCAUGUACAAGAUGGGAGGGAAUAUAUGAUGAUUAAUCCUCGAGAACAGUUCUUCCGACCGCUGAUUAAUGGAGGAAUGGGACUUCGUGGGACUGGACCAGGCACGGGUACAAAUUGGUUGCAGUGGGGAAUACGUGGAUUGGUACCUUUUGGAUGGAAAGGUACGGGGGCGGGAGAGGAGUGGGAAGAAGAUGGGGCUGAGGAAUGGAAUCAUGAAUCUAUAGGGCCGAGAGUGGAGUUUUUGGUCGAGGAUGGGAAGGAUAGGAAUAGGGCGACGAGGGAUAUUUUUUUGGUUUAA